UGGGGCUGCAUUCGUCCUGCUUGUCAGCACAUGCAAUCCACUUUCCACUACAAUAUCGACUUUGGACCCCAAAAUUUUCCCUCACCCACAAGAAAAGCACAGCCCACAUCCCAUAAAACUUCACUCACACCCACUCCUCCUUGCAACCACAUUACUCACUACUUCCACACACACCCCUCACUCCACAACACAUAUAAACUACUUCUUCCUACACACCAUCACACUCCACAAUUAAUACAUCCUACCUCUCUCUCUCUCUCUCACUGCACUAUCAUCGACCAUCCCCUCUCUAUCUUCUCUAAACUCUCACACCCAUAUCUCCUCUCUCCCUAUUGAACUCCAAGACAGAGAAAGAGAGACAGAUACUGGCCCAAUUCUCAUUCUUCUUCUUCUUAUCCAAAUGAUACCAUACUCUAUACGAGCUCUUCCUUGAUAUCUCACCUCUUCUUGGGCCUUCAUCUCUACCAUUAUCAUAACACUAGUAGAAGGAGAUCAAAGGAAAAAUGAGAACAGGAGGCUGGACAUUGCAACAGGCUUUAACUGCCGAUGCAGCCAAUGUAGUAAAGCAAGCAGUGACCCUUGCAAAACGGCGUGGCCAUGCCCAAGUAACUCCCCUCCACGUAGCUAACACCAUGCUUUCAUCCUCAACUGGCCUUCUCCGAACCGCUUGCCUUCAAUCUCACUCCCACCCUCUCCAGUGCAAAGCCCUUGAACUCUGCUUCAACGUCGCCCUCAACCGCUUGCCGGCCUCCACUUCUACCCCCAUGUUGGGUGGUCACCACUCCCACCACCACCCUUUCCUCUCCAAUGCCUUGGUUGCAGCUUUCAAGCGUGCGCAAGCCCACCAGCGCCGCGGCUCCAUCGAGAACCAGCAACAACCUCUCCUCGCUGUCAAGGUAGAGAUAGAACAACUUAUAAUCUCUAUCUUAGAUGACCCAAGUGUUAGUAGAGUCAUGAGAGAAGCUGGUUUCUCAAGUACCCAAGUGAAAAGCAAUGUAGAACAAGCUGUCUCUCUUGAGAUCUGUUCUCAAAAUCAAAAUCAAAAUCCUCCUCUUAGUAGUAAGCCCAAUAAGGAAAGUAGUAACCUUCUAGUACUUGGAAGUAGUGUUUCCUCUCAUCAUCAGUCCCCAUCAUCACCCCCUCCUCCACCUCCUCCUUCUAUUUCUCAAGUCAGCAAUAAACCAAGGCCUUUCGAUCAAGUUAGGAAUGAAGAUGUGAUGAGUGUGCUUGAAACUUUAAUGCAUAGGAGAAGAAGUACUGUGAUUGUUGGAGAGUAUCUGGCUAGUAUUGAGGGUAUAGUUAGAGGGGUAAUGGAUAAGGUGGAGAAAGGGGAUGUUCAUGAAGGUUUGAGGGGUGUACAGUUCAUUAGCUUUCCCCUUUUCCCUUUCGGACCACAUAUCUCAUCAAAGGAGGAUGUUGAGCAGAAACUUGCGGAGCUUAGGUGCCUUUUGAAAAACUGUGUUGUUGGCCAAGGAUCAGCUGUGUUGUAUUUGGGUGAUCUCAAAUGGGCUGCUGAGAUUAGAGCUAGUAGUUCUAUGGAUCAUCAAGGGAUGAGGAGCAGCUACUAUUGCCCAGUGGAGCACAUGAUUAUGGAGCUUGGAAGGUUGGUGUCUGGAAUUGAGAGUGGUAGGGUUUUGCUCAUGGGAAUUGCUACCUUCCAGACUUACAUGAGAUGCAGGAUAGGCAAUCCUUCCUUGGAGGCUAUUUGGCACCUUCACCCUCUCACAAUUCCGGCAGGCAGCUUGAGUUUGAGUCUCAACUCUGACAGUGAUUCACAAGGCCAGUUCAGAAGCAAAAGAACAGGAGAUGGGUCCGGCUGCAAUGAUUUCUCAGCCAAGUUUAAUAAUGAAGCUCGAAGUCGAGCAAGCAGUAGUUACAAUGACUCCACGACGUCUUCGACUACCUCAAGCUUACCUUCAUGGCUUAAACAGUACAAGGAAGAGAACAAAAGAUUGAUCAGUAGUGAAGAGGACUGUAUUCAAGUCAGAGAUCUCUGCCAUAGAUGGAACUCAAUUGGAAGUUCAUCCCAGGAUCAUCAACUCCAAAAAUCUGAGAAGACCUUAAACUUCCCUUCCAUAUCGCCCCCUUUCUCUACUUCAGUCUCUUCACAUGACCAUUACUACCCUAACAUGCACCAGACUCACCAUGGAUGGCCCAUCUUUGCUGAACCCAAACAGUCAUGGAGGGAACACCAUUUCUGGAUCUCUGACAAUGAUGUGGAUGAAGGAUCGGAACCCAAUUUGCAAGUGUACGUCCCAAACCCUAACCCUAACCCUUACCCUAGCUCCACACCUAAUUCAGCUUCUUCAAGUGAUGCAAUGGAAAUGGAGUACCAUCAUAGGUUCAAGGAGCUGAAUGCAGAGAAUCUGAAGACCCUAUGCAAUGCAUUAGAGCAAAAGGUUCCAUGGCAGAAGGAGAUAAUUCCAGAAAUAGCCAGUACCAUUCUUCAAUGCAGGUCAGGGUUGGCAAGGAGGAAGGAUAGGAUGAGAAACAGUACACCCAAAGAGGACACUUGCUUAUUCUUCCAUGGUGUUGAUGUAGAAGGCAAAGAGAAGAUUGCAAGAGAGUUGGCUGGCCUUGUCUUUGGAUCUCCAUCUCACUUCAUCUCACUAGGCCUAAGCAGUUUCUCAUCGAUGAGGGCCGAUUCAACGGAUGAUUUCAGGAACAAAAGGUCAAGGGAUGAAUCAAGUUGUAGUUAUCUAGAGAGAUUUGCUGAAGCAGUUUGCAGUAAUCCCCACCGCGUGUUCUUAGUGGAGGACAUAGAACAAGUUGAUUAUCGCUCUCAAUUGGGUAUCAAAAGAGCCAUUGAAAGAGGAAGAGUAACCAAUUCGAAUGGUGAAAGGGUUCUUCUUCGUGAUGCGAUAGUUAUUUUGAGUUGUGAAAGCUUCAGUUCAAGAUCAAGAGCUUGUUCCCCUCCUAUGAGGCAAAAGUCUGGUGAGAUGACUGAGGAAGAGAAGAAUGGAGAAGAUGAGCAAGAGACAAGUCCAUGUGUCUCCUUGGAUUUGAACCUUUCAGCGGAAGAGGAAGAUCAUAUCGAUCAUGAUCAGUCCAUUGAUGACAUCGGGCUUCUAGAAUCUGUUGAUAGAAAGAUACUUUUCAAAUUGCCGGAUUAUUAAUAGAAGCCAUUCAUGAGAGAAAGAUCUUCUUAGGUGGGCUGGGUAGUUUUUGUUUCUUCUUUGAGAUUCAGGUUUGUUACUUCAUUGUGCUGAUUCUUGAACAUUUCACAGUCCAAUGGAUGGAGAAUUGGAGGGGAGGGGAGGAGGGGGGGGGGGGGGGGGGAGGAGGAAAUCGGCCAUGUAGAUUGUAGAACUACCACUGCUUGUAUAUUAUUUUCAUAUGUAUUUGUAAUACCUGGUUGAUGUUCAAUUUUUUGUUUUAUUUUUUCC